CUUCCUUACAGCAAGGACGGGUCUACUUUCUUUUGUUUCGUCAUACACAUUUGAAUCAAAGUGUUUCCACGAUCUCAGAUGCUAAUGCUACAUAAGAGAGCAACACCUGGAUGUUUGAAUCACAAGAAGACUAGUGUGUCUGAGUUGCUCCUCCAUUAAAACAGAUGUAAAGAUGUUGUCCAUUUUGGUAUUGUGUGUGCUGUUGUCCGGUUGUGGGGUAGGUGCAAAACCUUGCCCCCCAACAGAACCUCUGUCGCUUGGUACGAGUUGGUGUACUACUGUACAUAGAUGUCGAAUGCAAUCGCGUUUGGUGUAUGGAAACACAUGCAUUGAUCCUUGCCUCCCAACAUCGCUACAGACGUGGACAGAUUCUAAGGUCAUGUGUCUUAGUGCACAGGAUUGUCGAGAAAGCUCGCGUGUGGUGUAUGGGAAAACAUGCGUACAUUCCUGUCCCCCCGGGACGCUUUACCAACAGGACACUUCCACAUGCUACAACACGUGUCCGGCACAUACGAUCAUGGUAGGAUCGCGUUGCCUCAAUGGGACAUACUGUGUGUCCCAUAACAACCAGGUCCUGUUUAAUGCCACCUGUGUGCCGUCCUGUCCUUCCUCCAUGCCUUUCAAGACAAAUGGGACUUGUUGUAAGGCAUGCCCAGUUGAUACUGUUAUGAACGGGUCCGAUUGUUUGUCACCGUCAGACUGUAUAGAGAGGGGAUAUUUCAUAGACAACAUGACAUGUGUUAAAGUUUGUCCUCCUGACAAGCAGUCUAUCCUACAAGGUGUCUGUCUUUCCUCAUGUCCACCUGACAAAUCUGUCACGGUAAAUGGAAACCAGUGUCUAUCAAAACAGGAGUGUACUCGCAGGCUGGGUCAAUUCAUAUACAACAAUACUUGUGUUCCUGUCUGUCCAGCUGCAGCUAUGUUCAGUGACCAGGGAUCAUGUACAACACUUUGUCCGACUGGGAAAUGUGUUCUUGGGACUGAAUGCAUUUCUGACUUUGCUGGCCGAAAUAUGGUCAGUUUCCGAAAUGAAUGUAUUGCCACCUGCCCUCCUGAAGCUCCUUAUGCAGUAGAUAGCAUCUGCUACUCGACAUGCCCUCCUAACACUGUGUUGAAUGAUGAAACAUGCAUAGGUUUGCAACAAUGCACAGGUGCACAUAUCUACCUUUUUAAAGUCAUCUUCAACAAUACCUGUGUUGAUGCCUGUCCACAAGCUGCACCUUUAAACCAUCACGGAACGUGUGUUACAAUUUGUCCAGAUGAAACUGUAGUCGCUGACAUGCAGUGUGUUGAUCCUUCUACUUGUAUAAUGACCCAUAGGUUUAUAGCCAACAGAACAUGUGUGUCCGAGUGUAAUGGCCUAGCACCCUACGUAGCCAAUGGCCUCUGCCAGCCUGCCUGCCCAGAUGACUUUAUUGUUACAGCCCCAGGGAAAUUCGAGUGCAUUGGCGAAUCCGAAUGUAUAGAGAUGAAGAAAAUGGUAUCUAACAGAACAUGUGCAACAGCAUGUCCAGAAGAAGCUCCAUACAACAGGUCAAGCCACUGCUACCAAACGUGCCCACAGGAAACUGUUGGUUUGCCUGAUAUGAACUGUGUAAGUUAUCAAGAGUGCAAGGGGCAAGGGAUGUUUUUUCAUGAAUCCAAAUGUCUUCAUGAUUGUCCAUCAACGUUUAAGUUUAAAUUACACAACACAUGCAUCUUGGAAUGUCCUUCAAACACAAGCGUAUUCCCAGACAACAAAUGUGUUUCUAUAUCCGACUGCUCAACGAUAACAGACGCAGUCAAAUACAAUGGAUCAUGUUUGCCACAUUGUCCUCCUCAUGUCCCAUAUAAACAUUCCGGAAACUGUCUGUCGCAGUGUCCGUCAGGGUUCUUCGCAAAAGGUUUUGACUGCCUAGAAAAUGACAAGUGCUCAAAUGUCUUAUACAACGGAUCAUGCUUAUCAUCUUGCCCCCAAGAGGCACCAAACAGAAAGGACAGCAAUUGUUACGCCAUUUGUCCACCGGACACCUACAUUUAUCAGGAAAAAUGCAUUGAUCAAUAUGAUUGUCAGGAGAAAAAGUUCUACAUCGCCGGUGGUAGUUGCGUGUCAACAUGCCCACCUGGUAGUGCAGGUUUCACAGAUUACGUCUGUCACCCCUUGAUAUACGUGUAUAGCGCAAUUCAAGUUACGCCAUUUCUGAUGUUGACGGUGCUGAUGUGUCUGUUCUUCAUGGUUUAUAAUCCUAAGAAAUCAAGGGAAAUGAAUGCACCGCAAAAAGUUCAAAGAGAACAGCUCACAGAGUGUGAUAUGCUGGAGUUAGUGACGUUUGACAAUCUCGCCGGACAACAGCAAGACCGCGCUGAACUUCCGGAUGAAGAAAACAUGGUAGUCAAUUAGGAUAGAUGAAGAGCUGCUGUCAUUGCAAGAACAGCGAAGUUCUUCUCAGAAAGCAACUGCUUUGAGUCACAAUGGAGACAUCCAUGAAGUUCCGAACUGUUUCAAUAACGGGAUUAUCCAUCCACGAAGAGACCAUGACGAUGUACUGUUGUUACAAGUAACAUCAGAAGACGAAUCUUUGAUCCAGCACAGAGAUGAUGCUUUUGUGUUUGGUGAUGGAACAAACUGAAUUGACCAGAAUGAAGAAAGUGAAAAUGAUUGGUUGGUGGCUAUCUCCAUUGGCUUUUCAGCCAAUGGUUACCAGUUUACAUUAAUCUGCUCUGAAUAGGUGUAUUUUCUGUAUUUUGGUUGCUGUCCUGAAUUUGUAAUUGGGUGCUAUUAUCUUACUUUCUUACUAAGAAUUAACUUUUUGUAACAACGCCUGUUUGUUUAUUUCCUUGCUUGUUUCUUUGUUCUAUAUGGUUAUUGUCUUCAGUUGGCUUGUUGUUAUCAUAUUUCUUUUAAUUGCACAUAAGUUGCUUUCUUGGACAUGAUUUGACCCAUGUAUUUAUAGUUGUAUAUAUCUAAAGUAUAUAUGGUAUGGCUAAAGCUUUUGCUUACACGAUGUAAGAUCAGGUAACAAAGAAAUAUUUUAAAAUUAAUUUCAUCUCAGGAUAAGGGACUGUCAUAAGCUGUCACAAUUUUCAGUUAUUCACAAUUGUCCAUUUUUGGAUGUAUAUCCAGUUAUAAAAAAGUUUAUAGAAUUUACGUGGUAUAUAUUUGCAUCUCAAAUAAACCCGUGAAGAUCCGGGUGAGAAUAGGUCUUCAGCAACCCAUACAUGCCGUAACAGGCGACUAUGCUUGUCGUAAGAGGCGACUAA